CUUGCGCAUUCAUCCCGGAGGCAUUGAGCGGUGCCUCCACCCCGUGAGAGGAUGCUGCUUGAUACGGGUAGAUGAGCGAGCUUGAAGACAAGCAAUCUAUAGCUACUUCGGCGAAUCAAUUGCAAGAGACGGGUUAAAUCGCGGAUUCGCUUAUCAUGCAGUUGCCGUUCGGAAGGGCACCGGGAAGGCACGCCACGGGUGAGGCAUGCAGGCGGUGUAAGAGACGGGAUAAUCGUGAGUGAAGCGAAGUGCGAGCCGCUCCCUCUGAUAGUCAUACGCAGCAGCUGCUGAGGAAGAGAUCAAGCUUCCCAAACGGUCUAUUGGACUCAUCGUCUACCUCUUGAUCCAUUGAGGAGUUCAGUACGACCAGAUCAAAGCAACGGAGGAUCCAGGCACAGCUGCACGCGCACUGCAAAACCACACCUACACCACGAAAUGCCAAGACAACGCCGUACACACCCUCUCACACGCCGACGACCCCCGCGACCACCUCGACCACCUCGACCUCCCCCAGCGGCUGCUAUAGAAGGUUUCAUCAUGUCCACCGGCUCGACCACCGACGACGCCGACGACGGGUUCGAUCUGGUGUUUACGACGACGAGUAGUGGGGAUGACGCGGUGGAGAGUAGUACGCCGAGCGAGUUACGCUGUUCGACGCCGCAGAUUAGGAGUAAUUCGACCGUGGUCAUGGCAAAUGGGACGGAGGUUUGGACGACGACUUAUACGUUGGAGUGUUACGAACCACAGACAUCGGUGACCGCGUCAGGGAGUAAUUUGAGUAGUGCGAGUGUUGCGUUGCAUGAUUCGUCCGGUGACGGGAUAGUGGAUCCCAACACGCUCAGUGGGCUGCAUACACCCUUCGCAUACUCGUCGACCCCACAAUCAUUCGCGAUCUCGGGGUCUACGGUGCUGGCGUGGUGUCUCCUCAUCAUGCUCCUCGCCUCGAAACAAACGAAACCGUGGUUCCAGACAGCGGCGACGACGGGUGUAUGCGCAGUCCUGACAGUAACAAUGGCGCAAAUUUCGAAUGUGAUGAAGGAGGAUUACCUUGCGGGAGAACCGUACGAUAUGUCAAACCUUGACGACCUACAUAACUCGUCCGGGAUGAAAGCGCUUGGGCUGGUAACGAUGCUACUGUUAUGGUUCGCGCAGUUACAGACUCUUUGCCGACUCUCCACCCGCCGGCGUCACCUAAAACGCAAACUCCUCGGCGGAUUAGUCGUUAUCCUAACAACCACAAUCUUCUCCGCCCUCCAAGAAUUCCUCCCAUCAACAUCCGACACGGACGAUACCCAAUUUCAAGGUCCAGCGCCCUAUAAGCGUUUCGUCGGUGCGCUACCUUGGAUCGCGUAUUUGCUGAGUAUCGGGAUAUCGAUUAUCUACGCAGCGUGGAUCACGUAUUGGUCCCUCCUCCACCGCCGGCACGCAUACCCUCUCUCCCCACUCUCCCUCUCCCCGACCCCCUCCUCCCUCUCGACUCACUUUCGUGUACCCAUCGUGAGCGUCUGGCUCCUCGCCCUUCUCUCCCUCGUGUCGGCAUUCUCCCCCGUUGUGUUCUUUGCGCUGGACUUAACGACGAGUAAAGAGUGUUUUGCGUGGUUGGAUUAUGUGAGGCAUGUUGGGGAGUUGGGGGCGAGUUUGGUUGUUUGGGAGUGGGUUGGGCGGGUUAGGGAGGCGGAGAGGAGGGAGGAGAGGGGUGGGGUGCUUGGGAUGAGGGUUUGGGAGGAUGAUUUACGGAUGGCGGGGGCUGGGGGUGGUGGUGAAGGGAAAGGGAAGGAGGGGGCGAAGGGGUGGAGUGCGAAUAACCAUGCUUCGGCUUCGGUGAGACGAGAGCAGGACGGCGCCGCUAGCGUCUUGGGCAACCAACAAAGUACAACGACCACCUACACCAGCAGGUUCUUGGGCUGGACACGCCGAGCACGAACCCUUCGAUCCUUCGGCGCAGACGAAGCGAGUUUGGAAAUGGGACCGAUGGAGGUGUGUGAUGUCGACAGCACUGCCUCUUUCUCGGGGGGUGGGGUGACGUUGAGGGGGGGUUCUAGUAUCGGUACUGCUGGCGUCGGCAACGUUAGCACUUCCGAGCUUCGACGAACAGAGGCAGGGGUUGGGGCUGCGAGGGAAGGAGAGGGGGGUGGACACGGGGAACGGGAAGACAAGGAGCAGUGCAGGCGGAUUGUGAAGAGGUUUCAUUAUCCGGCGCCUACGGUCGCGGCAACCUCGGCAGUGGCAGCAUCUGUCAACCCCGCACCAGGCACCUCGACGUUCCUACAUAGGGGACCACCGAACACUAGCAGCAGCUCCGUCGCGCUUACGGCAACAGGGGGUGGUGGUAGUGGUGAUGCUGGUGGUGCGUCGUCUAUCGCACUACAAACGCUUUCGUCCUCUGGGAAUAUUAAUAUGAGUACGAGCACCGUUGGACUCCUCCACGGUCAGAGUCAGAGUGAUAGGGAUCGGAUCGAGGUGGUAAAGGAGGUGGAGGAGAGGAUGACGGAUGAGGAUGUUGGAGCGUCGGUGUCGGUGCCGGGGUUUAGGCCUGCGCUGGGGUUUAGGAGGGGGGAUUAUUGGCCGGAUGAGAAGCGGUAGGGGGCGAACCUUGUGAGCCGGCGCUCCUCGAGCUUUGUGGGAGAUUGAGAGAGGGAUG